AUGACCCAGAGGACCAAAAGCAAAUUUGUAUUUUCCGGGCCAAAGAGCACUGCAGAAACCCUUUUCAAAUACAUAUCUCCAGAGCAAGUGCCAAUUCACUACGGUGGCCUGAGUGUAGAUUUCUGUGAGUGUAACCCAGAAUUCACUAUUGAUGAUCCAGCUACAGUGAUUACCAUAAAACCUGCAACCAAGCAAACUGUUGAAAUCCUAGUAAAUGAGAGAUGUGUUAUUGUCUGGGAGCUACGGGUUGUGGGCUGGGAAGUGAGCUACAGUGCUGAAUAUGUACCUAAUACAGAAGGUGGAUAUACCAUAAUUAUACACAAGGCAAGGAAGAUGGCCCCAACUGAUGAACCAGUGGUGUGUAACAGCUUCACCAUCAGUGAGCUUGGUAAGAUACUUCUUACUGUUAACAACCCUACAUCGUCGAAGAAGAAGCUUCUUUACAGGUUCAAGGUCAAACCAUUCUGUGCUUGA